AUGAAUAGGCGCAAGGAGCUGUUCCCCGACUACACAGUCAGAAAGCCGCCGAGACCUAUUUAUCUCAUAUUCGCAGAGAAUGGAUAUCCUCGAAGUUGGGACGAUCUUAUAGAACAAGAGCUGUGGGACUGCAGAUAUUGGAUGAAAGGUCCCAUGGCGAUCGCAAAGCUGAGUACAUGGCAAAAGGCUGGAACUCUAGACCUGGACGACAAACCUCGACUCGCAGGGGAGCUCGACCCAUUGACGGACCCCUUCGCCUACCCCCAGUCAGACUUGAUAGAUUUCGCAACAGCGAGGACAGCGAAGUUACUAUGCUGGGCCGAGGAGAAUCAUACAGACCUGGCGGUGCCCGGCCUCGGUCUCCUGUCAGAAAUGAUACGUUCAGAUCCCCUCGAAGAGAUAGGGCAAGAAGUCCUCCAGGCGACAGCUACCACCCUGGCCGAGACCGUUCUCCAAGACGCAGAUCGAGAAGCCCGCUUAGAAGGGAACGAUCACCAAAGAAGAUCAAGAUCCCCUUUCGAACGCGAACGUGAACGUCCCAUGCAGCGACCCAGAUCCCCACCGUUUCGAAGAUCUCCACCUGCUGGACCCCGGGGAGGCUACAAUAAUCGUGCACGAUCUCGAAGUGCGGAUCGUAGAGAUGAUCGAGUACCAACCGGACCAAGUGCUGCCUCCUGGAGACGCCCUCGGUCACCGUCUCCUCCUCUCUCUGGCAGAACUUCUGGAAACACGUCCCGUCGCUCCUCCCCUCCUGUUCAUCCAGAUCGUCAACACCUAACGCACAACCCAAUCCGCGAUAAUAGACCUCGUUCACCACCUACACGAGAACGUUCUCCAGCGAUUCAGCUUGCCUACCGAGACAGAGAAUCGGCUAGAUUAACUCCCCGAGAGCGCUCUCCAGUCCGACAUGUGGCCGCUAGAUCUCCUCCUCGAGGACCUGCUGCUGGCUUUCGUGCACCUCCCACUGGGCCAAGUGGGACUCGAAACUUCACCGCUCCUGUAUCCUCCAUAUCGAAUCAACAUUCCUCACCUUACAACUCAACACCAGUCAUCCCUCCUGCCGGCCCUCGUGGCUAUGUUGCCGCAGCUCGAGGUUCCUACAGCAUGAGAGGAGGCAGAGGGUCGUUCAGCAGCGAUCGCCCAACCAGACCCGAUAGCACGCCCUGGGGUGCCGCACCACCACAACGAAGAACACCAGAUAUCGCCGCCCCCCGAACCACUACCCCAACCACCCGACCCACUCAAACCCCACCACCAGUCAUCACAGCUUCUCCCUCAGUACCGCCUACCAUCCCUACGGGCCCAGUAGCAGGAAUCCCAACCGGCCCCCGAGCCGGGGUCCCCUCUCGACCGAAUCUGCAACACUCCUCCAGUAUCUACAACCGCAAUACCUCUAUCUCUGCCCCUAGCACUGGUCCACGACCUCAUCCAGCCUUGAACAACAUGCCGCAAAUCAUCCCUGGCGGUAGAAUUGACCCUACAGCCACAGGUUUCACGCCUGAAAUUUCCGCGCAUUUGAAGAAGCUGGAAGAGGAAGAGGAAAUCCUCAGAGCUAAGUUGUACGCCAAGCAAGAUAGAUUGAACCAGUCGAUGAGAGAGUGGAAGCGUCUGAGUCGCGAGUCAGCUGCUUGCAGUUUGCGGACCCAGUUUAGCGAACAACAUUUGAGACAGCUGGCCGGAGAGAGCGUUGGGGGUGCUGCAUUUUGA